AUGGGGGUCCUCCGAGCAUCAAGUCCAGGCUGGGGUGGAACUCUUGGACUUGCUAAACGUCUUGUAAAGAAAGUUGUGAGACUAGAUGUUCCUGUUGACAAGUAUCCAAGUUACAACUUUGUUGGUCGUUUACUGGGACCAUGUGGGGACUCCUUAAAAAGAGUUGAAGCUUCAACUCAAUGCAGGGUUUAUAUACGAGGUCGAGGUUCAAUGAAGGAUUCUAUAAUGGAAGAAAGCUUACGGGAUAAACCUGGAUAUGAACACUUAAACGAACCACUGCACAUACUAUUGGAGGUAGAAUUUACACCAGGCAUAAUUGAUGCUCGCUUAAACCAAGUUGUUGCCACCCUUGAAGAUCUUCUGAAACCUGUGGAUGAGUCAAUGGACUACUACAAGAAGCAACAACUCAGGGAGUUGGCCAUACUCAAUGACACGUUGAGGGAAGAGAGUCCACAAAUGAGCCCACAAACGUUCAGGGAGUUGGCCCAUCAGGAAACAGUUGCAAAAGAGUGCCUAGCAGGUUUUGGAUGUCCGAACGGCUGCGAGUGUCCAGAUGACGAGAGCUUAAGUUGGGGUUCGACAUCGUUGGACAAGGAGGGGACAGAAUCAGGAGUUAAAUUGGUGAUUUCCCAAGUAGCAGGGUCAACAACUGAUGCCCGCUUGGGACAAGGAAGAGGGGAAAAAGUCGACGGCUACAGAUCGCGCAAAAUAGGGGCGGCACUGAGGUCUAGGGCAGAAACACGAGAGGAUGGGGCGAGCGGCGAUGGUCGUGGGCUAGCCACAUCUGGUUGUGGACUAGUUGCGUUUGGACGAGGCGAUGAUGAGACUACGAUGACCGACGAGGUGGCUGUGACCGACGAUGGUGGCAAUGUUGAGCAGAGAUACGUGAGGGAGUGGCAUCGGGGCAGAGACUACAGAGGAAGAAAAGGAAUUCGGAAAUGA